UAAAAAUGGCGACGGAUAGGCACAGAGGAGUGAAAACUGGACGCUUUACCGCUAUUAAACACCGUUGGUUCAGACACCGUAAAAACUGACAAGGCGGCGGGAGCUAAAGUACAUCGUCCUUUUGUCAGACGCGGUACGUUGUUUGGUGCUGUAUGGUGACCCGCCGGGCCUGGCUGCUUUUGUUUUCGGUUAGUCGUUGCCUUGGACAGCUCGUUAGCCUCAAGUUGGUAAGCCAAUGCUAGCCCAGGGCUAGCUGUGUAGCCCCAUCGGCUGCUGGGAUCUCUCUGUACGGCAUUCGUGGAUUGAUAGCCUGCCCAGCGUAAACGCUGUACCUACUUGUACAUGUACCUACUUAAAGUUUUAUUUUUUACGGAAAGAGCACCCAUGACUCGGUUGGAUUAAAAUAAAUACUUUCGGAGGAAUCCGGAGCACCGACGACCUGGCAUUGCGACACUGGAGCGUCGAAGCGGAGUGAGUUUGCCGUCAUGUAUUUUCUAACCGGCUGGCCCCGGAGGCUGCUUUGUCCGCUGAGGAGUGAAGAGGAGCCUUUCCACAUCCAGCCCAGCUCCCAGAGGUUUUACUUCGCCGUGCUGUCAGAGACACAGCUCAGCAUCUGGUUUAGUCGGCCCAGUGUUUUGAUAGUCAGCUAUAUCGAGUCUGCAAAGGCGGCGGCCCAGUUUGGCUUCUACCAGAAAGCAGAAUGGAAACCAGACGACUCCAUGAUAGCUGUAGCGACUGCCAAAGGCUACAUCCUCUUGUUUGAUGUGCUGGGUGGAGGGGAUGACAAGUACCUCUAUGAGCCUGUCUAUCCAAGAGGAAGUACUCGUGUGAAAGUGACCCCGGGCUAUAAGGAGGAGCAAUGUGCCCCUGCCCUGUCUUUAGAGAUGAAGAAGCCUGUAGAUCUGGAGGCCCCCAUUACCAGUCUGCAGACACUCCAGGAGGACUUACUGGUGUGCACCGCAGACGGCUACCUCCAUGUGCUGCACUGGGACGGGCUAGGCAGCAACGGACGCAAGGCCAUCUGUCUCACUACAAUCCCCUUCUCGCUAGACCUGCAGUCCGCUCGAGGUGGUCCCUCCCUGGAUCUAGAGGGAGUGUAUAUCCGUUCCAUGGAGUAUUGUGUGACUCUUGACGGCUUUGCUGUGGUACUGUGUGACGGACGACUCGGCUUUAUCACACCGCUCAGCAACACCAUCACCACAGAUCAGCUGCAGGGCGUCUGGGCAGCAGAUGUGACUGAUGGCACCUGUGUGGCUGUCAACAACAAGUACAGACUGAUGGCCUUUGGCUGUGCCAGCGGCUCAGUGCUGGUGUACAUGAUUGACACCACAACCGGAUCCAUGCAGCUCUCCCACAAACUGGAGCUCACCCCAAAACACUACCCAGACAUCUAUAACAAGACAGGCCCAGUCAAGCUGAUCUGCUGGUCACCUGACUACAGCGUUGCCAUGGUUACGUGGGAAUGUGGCGGCCUGUCGCUGUGGAGUGUCUUUGGAGCUCAACUCAUCUGCACCCUGGGAGAGGACUUUGCGUAUCGUUCUGAUGGUACCAAAAAGGACCCCAUUAAAAUCAGCUCUAUGAGCUGGGGAGCAGAGGGCUACCACUUGUGGGUGCUUCCUAACAAACAGGAGAGCAGAAGGCAGGAGGAGCAGCAGCAGCCGCAGCAGGAGGAGGAGAUGGUCGCACCUCCUCACUCCUCCCUGCAGGCCGGCAUACUGCAGUUCCACUUCAUCAAGAGUGCCCUCACAGUCAACCCGUGCACGAGUAACCAGGAGCAGGUGCUUCUCCAUGGUGAAGACCGCCUCUACCUGACCUGCGGCGACCCCACGCAGGUCAACAGCACCUCUGACACACACCCGCACACACACUUACACCCACGUGACGGAAGCCCGCUGCACCAUCCCCCCAACCCCGAUUCCUCUCUCUCUCAGGGACUCAGCACUUUACUGGGACACAAGCACUGGCACGUGGUCCAGAUUCAUAGCACAUACCUAGAGAGCAACUGGCCUAUACGGUUUGCAGCCAUAGACACAGCAGGCCAGUGCAUGGCUGUAGCAGGAAGACGGGGCUUUGCACACUACUCAUUAUUCACAAGAAAAUGGAAGCUGUUUGGAAAUAUCACUCAGGAGCAGAACAUGACAGUGACAGGAGGUCUGGCUUGGUGGAAUGACUUUGUGGUGGUGGCCUGUUACAAUUUUAUAGACCAGCAAGAGCAGUUGAGACUCUAUCAACGCUCAACCAACCUGGACAACGCCUUUGCAUCUGUCACCAAGCUGCACUCAGACACUCUGCUGCUCAACGUGUUCAGAGACAUGGUCAUCCUGUUUAGAGCGGACUGCUCCAUCUGCCUCUACAGCAUAGAGAGGAGGAACGACAGUCCGCACCCGACAGCCAGCGUGGAGUUGUUGCAGGAGGUGUCAAUGUCUCGCUACAUCCCUCACCCUGCCCUCGUGGUCUCUGUCACACUCACCUCUGUGCGCACAGAGACUGGCAUCACUUUGAAAGCCCCACAGCAGGCCUGCAUGGCAGAGAGCAUCAUGUUGAAUCUGGCUGGCCAGUUGAUCAUGCUGCAGAGGGACCGUUCAGGACCGCAGGUACGAGAGAAGGAGACGCCUGCCAACAACAAGAAGCUGCUACCAUUUUGUCCUCCGGUAGUCCUGGCCCAGUGUGUGGAGAACGUGUGGACCACCUGUCGCUCCAAUAGGAAGAAGCGCCACCUGCUGGAGGCCCUGUGGUUGUCCUGUGGUGAGGCAGGGAUGAAAGUCUGGCUGCCUCUGUUUCCUCGGGACCAUCGCAAGCCCCACUCCUUCCUCUCCAGACGCAUCAUGCUGCCCUUCCACAUCAACAUCUACCCACUGGCUGUGCUGUUUGAGGAUGCCCUGGUACUGGGGGCAACCAAUGAGACUGUGCUGUAUGAUGGGCUGCAGGGAUCCUCUGAGCCACUGGAGGCGCUGUUUCCUUACUGCACUGUAGAGAGAACCUCCCAGAUCUACCUCCAUCACAUCCUGAGGCAGCUGCUGGUUCGCAACCUGGGUGAACAGGCUUUGAUGCUGGCUCAGUCAUGUGCCUCCCUCCCUUACUUCCCCCAUGUCAUGGAGCUGAUGGUGCACGUCGUGCUGGAAGAAGAGGCGACAUCGCGGGAGCCCAUCCCCGACCCUCUGCUGCCGACCGUGGCCAAAUUUAUCACCGAGUUCCCCCUCUUCCUGCAGACCAUCGUCCACUGUGCCAGGAAGACGGAGUAUGCCCUGUGGAACUACCUGUUUGCCGCUGUGGGAAACCCCAAAGAUCUGUUUGAGGAGUGCCUCAUGGCUCAAGACCUGGACACAGCAGCCUCCUAUCUGAUUAUACUGCAGAACAUGGAGGUUCCAGCAGUGAGCAGACAGCACGCCACUCUGCUCUUCAACACAGCGCUUGAGCAGGGGAAGUGGGACCUCUGCCGUCACAUGAUCCGAUUCCUCAAAGCCAUCGGCUCCGGGGAGAUGGAGACUCCGCCCCCAACACCCACCACUCAGGAACCCAGCUCAACGGGGGGCUUUGAGUUCUUCAGAAAUCGCAGCAUCAGUUUGUCGCAGUCUGCAGACUCCGUCAACACGGGCAAGUUCAACCUGCAGAAGACCUUCAGUAUGCCCUCUGGACCCUCUGUUAAAGGUCGGGAUGUGGAGUGUGCAGAGAACAUGUAUAUCGACAUGAUGCUCUGGCGCCACGCCCGCCACCUCCUGGAGCAGGUGCGCCUCCGCGACCUGGGGUGCUUUUCAGCGCAGCUGGGCUUCGAACUCAUCGGCUGGUUGUGUCGCGAACGAAACCGCGUGGCCCGUGUUGAUGAUUUUGUUUCGGCGCUGAAGAGACUCCAUAAGGAUUUUCUCUGGCCCUUCCCUGUUAUCCCCGUGGGAAGCCUCAGCUCGCCCUUGAAGAACGGACGGUGUCGCGCAGUGCUGAGCACACGGCUGUUGAAGUCACAGUCGGCUGACAGCCUGUUGAACAGCGACAUGGACACAGCGCCCCCUCAGGCGGCUUCCUCCAACCACACCUGGCUGGACGGGCUCAGUCAGAGGGCCAAGGACAUGGACACGGCCUCCUCUGCUCACUCCAACCAACACUCACCACAGACACAUGAUGCGUUCUUGUCCCUGCUCACCAACAAAGUGGAAGAGUACAGUGUCGGCUCGGCCACAGACUUGACAGAGACCAGCUCGGUGGUAGAUGGUGAUUGGACGAUGGUUGACGAGAACUCCUCCACUCUGAGCCUGAGCCAGGCCGAGUUGGAGCAUAUCUCCAUGGAGCUGGCCAACAAAGGCCCGCACAAGUCACAGGUGCAGCUCAGGUAUCUCCUUCACGUGUUCAUGGAGGCGGGCUGUCUGGAGUGGUGCGUAGUGAUCGGCUUGAUCCUGCGGGACGCCAGCGUCAUAAAGCAGGUCAUCGGCUUCCUGGACAACGUGGAGGUUCCUCAAGAAACUGUGCAGAGUGUCCGAAGCGGUUUGCUGGCUGUUGACACGUGGGCCUCCACUGAUUGCUUGGGAUACAAACCUUUUCUCAACCUGAUCCAGCCGCAGCUGCAGCUGCUGAUGGAUUCAGCAGCAGGCGAGCAGGUGCAGCCUGAGGCCUUCCAGCCCUCCAGCCAGAGCUCCAAGCUCGGCGGUCCCGAAGGGCUGGGAGGUGCUGCGGUGCCACGGGCGGAGGACAGUAGAGGAGUAGCGACUCCGCUGGGCCUGGCGCUGCCCCCCCUGGAACCUGCGGGAGGGUUUUCCCGUCCCCCUUCUGAGGACUGUGCUCCCGAACAGACAGAGGAGCAGGGAGAGGAAGAGGGAGCCUAUGACUGCACCUUGUCCUGAAGCCAGGAGCCUCCUCUGGAUCUUACCUGUGAACUUUGGACCUCGGAGGGAAAAAGAGGAGGAGGAGGGAGCAGCAGCGGCAGCAUUGGCUUGAAAUAGACUUUUUUUUUGUGUGUGUGUGUGUGUGUGUGUGUGUGUGUGUGUGUGUGUGUGUGUGUGUGUGUGUGUAUGCCUGUGUAUGUGUGUGUGUUUGUGUGUGUGCACAGAAAGUACCUCUCCUGCAGGUUCUUAGUUAAGUCAGUAUUAUCCACAUUUCAGAUUUGCCCUUUGUGUCGACUAGAACCCUGUGGAUACUGAGCAAGUGACGAGCGACAGACAGCCCGACUGGCACAAGCGCAUCACAGCACAAGCAAAGAGAGGGUUCAGCCCGACGGUUCCUCUCUAACCGGCCUCAUUUUACCAAAAUGUGCUGUCAGACAAAAGGCCGCCUCUGUCAGUUUAUACAUCGGGUUGUGGUGUUAGGGAGCUGUAGACCAGCACAAGAAAGCACCAGGAUUUUUUUUUUUAAUUCCAAGACAGAUGUUUUGUGUGUGUAGCUUUUCUUUGGCAGACAUUCAAGAGCAACUGGAGGCUUUCUUUCACUGUCCAGACAAAAAGCUCCAUUGUUCCCUUUUGGUUUAAAGCUGCAAGAAUCAGUUCAAAGAAGAAACCGCCUGCGUUUAAUCGCAGCAUCAUCCUACAUCGCUAGGCAAAAUGUAGAACAAAGCUCCAGUCACGAACCAUUUACAAGAUGCACUGAAGUGUGUCUGAGCCAACAGUAAGUGUGCAGGACUGUUUGUGUGCACGAGAGGUGUUUCAUACUUUCAUACCUCAUAUGAUUUUAAAAUAUUUUGUGAUACCUUUUUCAAUAAUGUAACAGUGUACGAGAUAACAUUAUUUUUCUAUUAAUUCCAACUUGUCCUUGACUCUCCCUGUACAAAAAGAAAAGCUCAUGGUAUGAAUUCUAUGUAAUUCUUGAGAAGUGACGACCGUAAGAUUUCUAAGAAAAUGAUCUCUGAGAAGAAUCCACUGUUGCGAGUGCAGACUAGUUUCUUACGACUGAUCAGUACCUCAUGUACUCAUGUAUUUUUCAUGCACCGAUGCCCCGACUUUGCUGAAGUCCAGUCCCAAAAAGUGUCUGCCAGAGUCGGGCAUCUGCUCUCCUUCGUGUGGUCCAGAUUUUAGACACCAAGCUGGUGGAUUUAAGGCUGUAGUGCAGCAACGGGAUUGGGCAAAACAGAUGCUACAAAAACCAAAUCAUGUGAUGCUUUAUUCAGCUUUUAAACACACAUUUGGGUUCCAGGCUGCGCUUGAGAGAUUCAUCAUGUGUUUCCUAUCAACAGCGAGGCAGAUCAUGUCAUAUUGUGUCAUUAAAGCCAUCCUGCUCUGUAGAGUUUGUACCUGUCCUGUGUUGAAAGAGCAUCAUUUGAUCCCCUCGUCAGCAGUGUUAACGGCGACACGUCACUGCCGUGUAAAGUCAGGAUGGGGUUUUCGUUGCGGUAAUGUGACCCUCGUCAUCUGAGUUGUGUAUUUCGUCCAGUUCAGUGUGCAUGUCACAUCUUUGAACCGCUUCACACAAUGAAUACUCCACAUGCUUUUGUGUGCUCCUGUGUUGAUUCCUGAGUGCGUGUACCACAUUGUAUUGACAUGUUUGGUGACUUUCAUCACAUGCAGUUUGUUUUAAUUGUAUUAGUCGUCAUUAUGACUAUUAUUUAUUGGCAUUGUAGCUGAGUGGUAAUUACUGAAUUGAUGCUCGGUUCAUUUUUAUGACUGAUAACAAACUUUUUUCCCCCCUUUUAGUUAAUCAAAGUCAUAUAUUGGCUCUCUACCACAAGCACUAAAAGGUUCAUCACAGAUAUGUCAGUAUUAUAUUGUGCAAUGUAUUGAAAUGUUAAUCAGCUUUAUUUUUAAUGUUCUCUGCUUCUUUUCUGUCCCCCCCCUUAAGCUGUUAGCUUUUACUUUUCAUGAUAGACCAAAUCAGAUUCGUUUUUGUUCAUUCAUCGGUGGGCAUCUGUUGAAAAUUAAGAAUCCUCAACAGUUUGUUUUAUGAAUUGCCUGUAUAGCUAGAACACUCACUAUUCCUGAAAAGGGCAAAACGACUGCGGCGCAGUGUUGCUGUCGUCGCUCAACACAAACCCUGUUGCACCCUCCGCUCUGAACAAGCCUACAGCUACACUACGCUGCUGCGCUGUAAGCUUUACUUGACUUGAAAACGGUAACAUGACGAACCAAAGACUUAACGUCCAGAGGCCUUCUGUUUUAACCGGUUGCUUCAUUUGAACGCUUGACUCAUUAUGCAGGGGGGGGGGGGGGGGAUUAAAAACCUCACACACACACACACACACACACCUGUACCACAUCCCUCUCAUCUGAAACAUAAGCGUUGAUGCUCCAAACUAAUGCUGACGGCAUACGAGAGAGAGAAUUUCCUACGGAAAUGAAUAUUGCAGAUCUUUUUCUGGUUUCCUUCUCUGCGGGCGAGGAGCUGUGGGUCAUUUGCGUCAGCGCUCCCUCCCUCCUGUGUACAGUUGUAAAAGUAUUGCCUGUUUCCUGACUAAAGUUUUAUUUCUGUGGCGGGAGCAGCCAACAUCCUCAAUGCAGUGUAAAGAUAAUCUCUUGUACAUUUGCCUUUUCUACUCAUGUUUGGUUUUCUACUUCAUUUUUUCCCUGUACAUAAAGACCAAUAAAUUAUUUUUAAAAAUGA